AUGGCGACGCAGAUCCCUGAGCGGCCCGGGUCGUUCCGCGACUUUGUGGGCGCAGCCACCGGCCCUCUUGAUGGUGGUGCUGAUGUCAGCGUGACAGAGUUCAAGUACCGCUACAGCGCGGGGCAGGUGGCUAACAUCUUGUGGAGUGCGGGUGUGCCCGACAAGGCCGCAGCGGGGGCGCUGGUCCACCUGCGCCACCUGGUGGGGGGCAGGGCGCGCGCCUACACGGGAGAGAUCCCCUUCGAGAGGGUCUUCCAGGUCCAGUUCCCGGAGCGUGCGGGCGCGCUGCGCAACUUCCUGGAGGUGCUCAGCCCGGCCUGGAACGUGACGCUCUUCCACUACCGACAGACGGGCAACAGCACGUCCUAUGUGCUGCUGGGGAUACAGGUUCCCCCAGAGGCUGCGUCUGACUUCAAGCGUGCGCAGCGCAAGCUGCGGGAAGAGUUUACGUUUGAAGAAAUCGAGGGGCAGGCCCGCGAGGUGUUCAACAUGUUCAUACAGUAG